CAAUCAAUCACCUUGGUGAACUGAAAGCCUUAGCGGUGAGUUCUCGACUGACAGUACUAGUCAGUGCUAGUCUUGGCAGCAAUUGAAAUUGAAACGACGCUACCAAAUGCAGCUAGUAUCUGCAUGCUGGUGGUUGGUAACCUUCUCGGGAAAUAUAUGUGGGGCUUUUGAAGCUAUGCCAGCUAUGCCGCCCAUCUCAAUGGGGUUUGCUAGCCCAAAGCCGGGAUUCACUUAAGUCGGCCAUUCACACUACCGUGAUAUAGACCAUUGCACACUCUCCUUUGGGUGAGAUACGCUCACUCCUUUGAACGACAUAUACCCUCUGUUCUAUGAUGGCCACGACCUUGAAGAGGGAACUCCAGGAUAUCAUUCAGUACCGCAAUGCCUACUUUCUUGCGUUCUCAGCGACCACAGGAUAUUUCUGCUUUGGCUGGGAGAUCGGUUUAAUAGGCGGCGUGCUCGCAUUGCCGUCAUUUGAAGAAUAUUUCGGUUUGCUAUCGGAAUCAGCCUCUGCACGCGCCAGCUUGAGUGGGAAUAUCGUUUCGGUCCUGCAAGCAGGUGGAUUCUUUGGGGCGUUAUCUUCGAGUUACUUUUCAAGUCGAUUUGGGAGGAAGCCUGUCCUACUAGCUUCGGCGGUCAUCUACCUCAUUGGAAGCAUCAUCCAGGCAACAGUUGGCAUUGGAACUUCCCCAGCUGUUGGAUUGAAAUUAUUGUAUUUCUCCCGUUUCUUCGGAGGCGUGGGAGUGGGUUUGAUGUCAGCUUUGGUGCCAACGUACGUAUCCGAAUGUGCUCCGAGAGCCAUACGCGGUCGAUGCACCGGGAGCAUCGAAGUCUCUGUGGGACUGGGAAAUAUGCUGGCUUUUUGGGUCAACUAUAGCGUUUCUCUCAAUAUCUCACCAGGACCAAUGCAGUGGCGGUUACCCUUUAUCGCCCAGGUUAUACCUGGGGCACUCUUACUAUUUUUCAUGCUUUUCCAACCUGAAUCUCCCCGGUGGCUUGUGGAACGUGGCCGCUACGAGGAAGCAGCUGCAGCCCUCGCAUAUAUUACGAGAAAGGAUGAGGAUGAUGAUGCCGUCGUGUUGACUCUCAGCGAGAUUCGCGCCGAUUUCGUUGGGAAGCACAAACUGCCACUACUCACACAACUCCGCAAGAUGGGAGAAUCGAAAGUCAUAGCUCUGCGCUGUAUCAUCCCUUCCAUCGCUACCUUCUUCCAGCAGUGGUCCGGUACGAACGCAAUCAAUUAUUACGCUCCUCAAAUAUUUGCCGGCUUCGGUUUCUCGACUACUUCCUCGGCACUAUUCGCUACCGGCAUAUACGGCGUCGUUAAAUUCGUCGUCACAUGCAUAACUCUUGCCUUUGUUAUCGAAAGUUGGGGUCGGAAGAGGUCCCUGAUUUAUGGUGGCCUAGCGCAGGGCUUGAUGAUGAUAUGGUUAGGCGGGUACGCUGGUGUUCACCCCAACGGGGUCAUUGUGCCAGCAACGUAUGUUUCUGUUGUCGCCAUAUAUCUUUUCGGCGUCUUCUUUUGCCUAGGCUGGGGAUUCACUCCCCUGGUCCUCGGCUCUGAAGUUGCCCCAGGCCAUCUCCGUAUGGCCGUCAUGUCCAUCGCAUCUGCAACAACCUGGCUGUUUACCUACGUCAUCGCCCAAAUCACGCCCAUCAUGCUCGCCCGCAUAACCUAUGGAACGUAUCUCGUGUUCGGUGUCGCUUCAUUAAUAAUGGCAGCAUGGGCGUACAUAUUCAUACCCGAGACGACCGGGUAUCCACUGGAAGACAUCAAAUAUCUCUUUGAGAAGGAUAUCAUUGUUCGCUCGCUGGAAGAUGCACCUGGGGGCUGGAUCUUCCUUGGGAAGCGCCGCGCCGUCUCCGUGGAGGAGCUUAAAGCCAUCGAUGCACUUCCGACGAAUAGUCCUAGGGACAUUUCGGAGGAGUGUAAGUCGCGCUCGGAGGAAGAGUCAGCGCAGGGUCAUCCUCUUCGGAAUCGGAUUUCGCAAAAGUGGGAGGAUCCUCUUAUCAUAUGAACGCAGCAAUUGUGCAAAUUAAAUGAAUUGAUCAUUACGUCUUGACACGAUAAUUCACAGUAACCAUCAAUUGAAUUUACUUACGAUAAUGACAACUCUGGUCGUUGAACGUGUUCGAUAUCCGUAAC